UGAAAAUAGGAUCCGCUUCCUCUCCUUAUCCUCGAUUGCCGAGGUCUUGGCCUGGUCUACCUGGGAAGACGACCCGUGUAUAUGACGGAUCCAACGGCUCUCAAUCCUUGCCCAGAAGAAACCCAAACCCGAUCGCCUCUCCUUACCCAUAGAAGUUUCACUCCAUUUUCUCUGCUAUUCCUUCUCUUCCCACCUCGUUCGUUGCUCACCUUUGACCGUCAUUUCUCUUCAGGAAAGGUCGUGACCUAAUGAACAAGAAGGAGGAGCCGAUCACUGAAGGAGUUGCAUAGAAUGUUUUGCCGACGCCGAUGAUCGAAGGUGACCCUACAAAAAUCCCCAACUGGCGAUCUCCUGUCCCAGACUACUGAGACUCUCUUUCGAUCUCUUCUCUCUCAAAUUGCCCAAACCCGAGAGCUUCUCCUUCUACAGAAGCGUGGUUUUUCCAACGCCGGAAAUCGAAGGCAACCCUACCAAAAUCCCCAACUACCGAUCUCUCUUUUCUUCCAUUAUCUUCUCUCCCAAAGAGGCGUGGUUUCUGGUUUUGCUUCACAGAGUACAAAGCAAUGAACAAGGUCUGAGAAGAAUUGUGUCGUAGUGUGGUUUCGGAAAUCAACGACUAACGAGUUUAGAUUUUCUUGGGCAAUCAAGGAAGAAUAAGGGGGCGACAGCCAGAAAAUGCUUAUCCGGUGUCACUCUGUGGCGUUCUGUGGUCACCGGAACUAUUCUGUGUUUGGCUCAGGGUGCACAACUCAACAGUCUCAACCUACAUAUCAUCAAAGGAAAGAAGUGGGUUUUCCAAUGGGAGUUAACAACAGAGGAAGGGCCGAAAUUGGAUCUUCUUCUAUUCGAUGCCAGGCAUCUACCGAAGGCCAUGACAGUUCCACCCAGAAGGGUAAUUUACCAGUCCAUGGGCUCUCCGAUACAGUUGUGGGAGUCCUAGGAGGAGGCCAACUGGGUCGAAUGCUAUGUCAGGCAGCUUCUCAGAUGGCCAUCAAAAUAGCAGUUUUGGAUCCACACGAGAACUGUCCCGCAAGUGCGCCUUCAUAUGAUCACGUGGUUGGAAGCUUUAAUGAUAGUGUUACAGUUCAAGCAUUUGCGAAAAGAUGUGGAGUAUUGACUCUGGAAAUCGAACAUGUUGAUGUAAAUACGCUAGAGAAGCUCGAGCAACAAGGAGUAGAUUGCCAGCCUAAAGCUUCUACCAUCAGAAUAAUCCAAGACAAAUAUCUCCAGAAAGUUCAUUUUUCUAGAAAUGCAAUACCUGUUCCUGAUUUUAUGCAGAUAGAUGAUCUUGAAAGUUUAGAGAAGGCAGGGGACUUGUUUGGUUAUCCUCUUAUGCUUAAAAGCAAAAGGCUAGCCUAUGAUGGCCGUGGAAAUGCUGUGGCUCGCAGCAGACAGGAGCUUUCUUCUGCUAUUGCUUCUCUUGGAGGGUAUAAUCGGGGCUUAUAUGUUGAGAAGUGGGCUCCUUUUGUAAAGGAGCUGGCUGUUAUUGUGGCAAGGGGAAGAGACAAUUCUAUUUCAUGCUAUCCUGUUGUUGAAACUAUUCACCAGGAUAAUAUUUGUCACAUAGUUAAGGCACCGGCUGAGGUACCAUGGAUGACAAGAGCCAUGGCUACUGAAAUUGCACAGAAGGCCGUUAGUUCAUUAGAAGGUGUUGGUGUGUUUGCAGUUGAGUUGUUUUUGACAAGGGAUGGCCAUAUUUUGCUUAAUGAAGUAGCUCCUAGACCUCAUAAUAGUGGACAUCACACAAUCGAAUCUUGUUUUACUUCGCAAUAUGAGCAGCAUUUGCGUGCUGUUGUUGGUCUUCCUCUAGGUGAUCCAUCAAUGAAGACACCGGCAGCCAUUAUGUAUAAUUUACUGGGUGCAGAGGAUGGGGAGCAAGGGUUCUAUUUGGCACAUCAGCUGAUUGGAAGAGCAUUGAGAAUUCCUGGGGCUUCUGUUCAUUGGUAUGAUAAGCCAGAAAUGCGAAAGCAACGAAAGAUGGGCCAUAUUACAAUUGUUGGUCCAUCUCUAGGCAUAGUGGAAAGGCGGUUGAAUUCCAUGUUGAGUGAAGAAGGUCUGGAAGGUCAGAAUUUCAUCACUCCACUUGUUGGGAUUAUAAUGGGUUCUGAUUCUGAUCUUCCAGUCAUGAGGGAUGCUGCGAGUACUUUGAGUUCUCUUGGUGUGCCAAUUGAGGUGAGGAUAGUUUCAGCACACCGAACCCCUGAAAUGAUGUACACUUAUGCUUUGUCAGCCCGAGAACGAGGAAUUCAGAUUAUCAUUGCCGGAGCUGGUGGUGCAGCCCACCUGCCUGGUAUGGUGGCUGCACUCACUCCAUUACCUGUUAUUGGUGUCCCUGUACGCGCAUCUUCUUUGGAUGGACUUGACUCCCUCUUAUCUAUUGUUCAGAUGCCAAGAGGUGUUCCUGUAGCAACAGUUGCAAUAAACAAUGCGAGAAACGCGGCUUUGUUGGCAGCUAGGAUUUUGGCAGUUCGAGAUGGUGAUUUACAGGCUAGAAUAAUUCAAUAUCAACAAGACAUGAAGGAUGAUGUCUUGAGGAAGGCAGAGAAGCUGGAGAAAGAUGGUUGGGAAGGAUAUCCAAAUCCUUGAUCUCCAAAUAUUGUCCUUGAGAGAUUAAAAUGUCUUGAGUGGGUUUAAAAGGAAUUAAGGAAUUAAUAUUGAAUCGAAUGUCAUUCAUCCAAAAAAUAUGUAUUGAAUUUCAAUUUUAUUCUUUACAUGCAAUUCAUGAACUCAGUUUGCA